AUGGCCGAGCACAAUAUUGUUGUUUUUGGAGGCGACCACUGCGGUCCGGAGGUCCUCAAGACGAUCGAGCAGCAUACUUCUAAUAAAUUCAACCUCAAUGACCACCUCCUCGGCGGGUGCUCCAUCGACAAGACCGGCUCCCCCCUCGCAGACGAGGCCCUCGCGGCCGCCAAGUCCUCCGACGCCGUGCUCCUCGGCGCCAUCGGCGGCCCCGAAUGGGGCACCGGCGCCGUCCGACCGGAGCAGGGCCUACUGCGCCUGCGCAAGGAGAUGGGCACCUACGGCAACCUGCGCCCGUGCUUCUUCGCAUCCGACGCCCUCGUCGACGCCUCCCCGCUCAAGCCGUCCGUCUGCCGCGGCACCGACUUCGUCAUCGUCCGCGAGUUGACCGGCGGAAUUUACUUUGGCACCCGCAAGGAAGACGACGGCUCCGGCGAGGCCUGGGACACGGAGCCCUACUCGCGCCCCGAGAUUGAGCGCGUCGCCCGGCUCGGCGGCUUCCUAGCCCGCGGCCGCGGCGAGAAGACGGUCACGUCGCUCGACAAGGCCAACGUGCUCGCCACCGGCCGCCUCUGGCGCAAGGUCGUCACCGAGAUCUUCCAGGCCGAGUUUCCGGAAAUCACGGUCCAGCACCAGCUCAUCGACAGCGCGGCCAUGAUCCUGGUCAAGAGCCCGACGAAGCUGAACGGCGUCAUCCUCUGCUCCAACUUGCAAGGCGAUAUUCUUUCGGACGAGGCCUCCGUCAUCCCCGGCAGCAUCGGGCUGCUUCCCAGCGCCAGUCUCAGCGGCAUCCCCGACGAGAAACAGCCCAAGGCCCAGGGCAUCUACGAGCCCAUCCACGGAUCCGCGCCAGACAUUAGCGGCCAAGGUAUCGUCAACCCGAUUGGCACCAUCCUUUCCGUCGCCAUGAUGUUGCGCUACUCCCUGAACCUCCCCUCCGAGGCCAAGGCCGUCGAGAGCGCCGUCCGCACCGCCAUCGACGGUGGCCUGAGGACCAAGGACAUGGGUGGCAACACGGGCACGGUGGAAGCGGGCGAUGCCAUCGUCGUUGAGCUUGUCAAGAUUCUCAAGGCGUGA